CUUUUUCAAUCUGCCAUGGCGGUCCCCGUCCCUCUCAACCCUUUUCUCUGCUCUCUAUAUAUAAAACCCCACCGGUCAAGAGUCAGAAACCCCGAACCCCACCUACAUUCAUCCUCCCAAAACCCCAAAACCAACAGCAAAAAAAAAAAAAAUCCCAAUCUCCACCCCCAAUUCAAAACCUCGAUCAACUGGUUGGCAGCACGGGAAUUUCCCCCAAUUCACAUAUGGGUUUAUCCCUGUCGGUGCUCCACUCAGCUUGGGAAGAAAUCCUCCGCCAAAGCUUCCUCUCCCUCGCCUACAGCAACUUCUCCCUCAUCCCCAAAAAUGGCGGACUCAAAUCGGAGCCCACCAAUGCCCCCAACAAGUUCACCCGAACCCCCAGCGUCAAGUUGAACCUCUGCAGGCCGCAGAGGAUCAAGCUUCAAAAGGAUGCGAGAUCAAUCGUCGCAACAGGGGACAAUACUGAACCGCCGCCGCCGGCGGCGGCGGCGAUCAUGUUCUCGCCGAGGCCCGCGAGCGAGCUGGACGACGCGGCGGUGAAGCUGCAGAAGUUCUACAAGAGCUACAGGACGCGGAGGAACCUGGCGGAUUGCGCCGUGGUGGUGGAGGAGCUGUGGUGGAAGGCCCUCGAUUUCGCGGCCCUGCGGCGGAGCUCCGUCUCCUUCUUCGACGACCGCAAGCCCGAGACCGCCGUCUCCCGUUGGGCCCGGGCCCGGACCCGGGCCGCCAAGGUCGGCAAAGGUCUGUCCAAGGACGACAAGGCCCAGAAGCUCGCCUUGCAGCACUGGCUCGAAGCGAUCGAUCCACGGCAUCGGUACGGUCACAACCUCCAUUUCUAUUACGAUCUGUGGUUCAAGUCUGAGAGCUGCCAGCCGUUCUUCUACUGGCUGGACGUGGGAGACGGGAAAGAAGUGAAUCUGGAGAAAUGUCCGAGGUCGCUUCUUCAACGGCAGUGCAUCCGGUACCUAGGACCGGUACGUCGCGCCGAAAGGGAGGAAUACGAAGUGAUGGUGGAAGAAGGGAAGUUGGUGUACAGAGGCAGCGGGCUGCCGGUGGAGACGACGGAAGGUUCCAAAUGGAUAUUUGUGCUUAGCACUUCCAGGGUUUUGUACGUGGGUCAGAAAAAGAAAGGGGCUUUCCAGCACUCCAGCUUCCUCGCCGGCGGUGCCACCUCCGCCGCCGGCCGCCUCGUUGCUCGCGGCGGCGUCCUCCAGGCAAUAUGGCCGUACAGUGGACAUUACCAACCGACGGAGGAAAACUUCAGAGAAUUCGUAAGCUUCCUCCAGGAGAACAAUGUCGAUCUUGCCAAUGUUAAGAGAUACGCCGUGGAUGAUGACACCGAAUACAAAGUCAACGGAGAAGGUGGAUCAACACAGCCGUCAAAAUCAAUGGCGGGAGACGUCGCGUCGUCGGACGUGGCAGACGCAGCCGUGUCGGUCAAGAAGGUGGACGGGGAAGAAGAUAGGACGGCGGGCACGCCGCCGAUGUUUGACUCGGGGAAGGCCGGCCGGUUGUCCUGCAAGUGGAGCACCGGCGCCGGGCCACGGAUCGGGUGCGUGCGGGACUACCCUACGCAGCUGCAAUUCAGAGCGCUGGAGCAAGUCAAGUUGUCUCCCAGAAUGGCUCCCGCCAGCUUUGGGCCCAUCCCUUCUCCCAGGCCCAGCCCGAAGAUCAAGCUCUCUCCUAGGCUUUCGUACAUGGGCCUGCCUAGCCCAAGGACCCCCACGAUUUCUGUAACUAAUUGAAAGGGUUAAAAAGUGAUUAAGUGAUUAGGUAGAUUAUAGGUGGGAAAGAAACACAAUUAGGUAGGGGGAGGGUAGAUAGAAAUAGGGGUUAGCAUGAAAUUCAUAUUCUUCUUUUUUUUGCUUUUUGGUUUGGGACACAUGUUUGUUCCUUAAUCCUUUCUUUGUUCAUUAAUUUUAUUUAUUAUUUCUUUUUGUCAAGUACCUUGAAUUCAUCAUAGUGGGGUUAUUUUUCCAGCUCACCCAGUGUAGGGUCCUGACUCCUAUGGUCAUUUGCAAUUGUGCAGUGUAAUAAAAAUCCUGAAGUUGAUA